GCUACAGACGUUAUCUGUCAAAGUUUUGCAAACAGUUUCUUAUAAUUCAAGUGCGUUUCGUAAAGAAUCAGUUAUGGAUCCAGAGAAAAAUGAUGUUUGCCAUCUCUCUGACGUUGUUUUAAAUGAGAAUAGUAGCAGUGUCACACAAGGUCUUAAACCAAAAAAACGACCAAAGCGCGUAUUACAUUUUUCGGAUGGUGAUUUAGAAGAAUAUUCUGAGGAUGAAACGGAUAGUCCAGAAGAAAUGAAAGCAGUAACACAAAUGGAUCCAAAGAGUCUUGAUUGGGCACCUUGGGCUUGGUACCAGACGACAUGGCUUGGUAGCAAAGUAUUAGAUGGUUGUGAUUAUGCUGGUGAAUGGUUAGCCAGCUUUUUUGGAAUUACAGCUCCGAAAUAUCAAUUUGAAAUUAACGAAUUCUACAGACUUCAAGCUCUUGAAAAUGACAUUCAACGUAAACAGGACUUAGAAAUGGGUGGGUGGAACGAACAGAACAAAAAUAAUCUUAUAAAUGACAAUAAUGUACAGUGA